AUGUUGACUACAAAAAAAUUCCAAGAUAGGGAGAACAAUCAUUCUGAUGGAUUUCAUAAAUCCAAUGUGGGAGAGGAGAGUCAUAAAGCAGGUUCUUCAGGGGCUAAGAACUGUUCUGAGAAUAGACAAUUAGUUGUGCUUAAUGAGGGGGAGGGUAGUGGAGUCAUAGGAGCUGUUGAGAAAUGUCCUGUAGAGGAAAAUAGAAUAGCUGUCCAUGCUAUUGAGGAUACUCAACCUCUUGAUUCCAAUCAUGUGGAGGUUAAUAUUCUACCAUCCUCUAUUGGCAGUAGGAUUGCCCAGAGAAGGAAAAAACCCUUGUCUAGGAAAUCUGCUAAAAAUAAAGGAGUGGUUAUAGAGGAUGAUAUGGCCAUGGCCAUUGACUCUGAGAAACCAAUGUCUAAUACCUUGGAGUCUGCUUGUUCUUUAAAAAAAAGAGCCGGUGGCCCACAAUUGAGUACUUAUAGUAAUUCCAAGCUCUCACAGCCCGGCAGUGAAAGGCACGCCUGUCUUCGGCAGCCAUUCCUGGCCCGCAAUAAGUCCCGCCACCGAGAACCCGGCCGCCUCCUCCGCGCUCAUAUUCCCACGGUAGCCGGGCCAGCUAACCCGACCCCUCGUGUCUGCCCCCGUCCCGAAAUUCCUAUACUCCCCAUAAUACAAACUGGUUAG